AGUAAAAAGGAGUUUGAGAAUCAUUUGUCAUUUGAGUCAAUGUCUGUUUUCUCUCUCCAAAAUGAGCAACUACUACUGGCUCUGAUUCAUGGAGUCUCGGGGAACACAACUAUGAAAAAUCAUUUUCAGUGAAUUGGGUCUGCCUAAAGGAACUGAUUUGUUCCGUAAAUCGGAGGCUGGAAAGAGUUGGGCUUUUUUUAGUUAGUGUGCGCAGAGCUCAGCAAGAUUCUUGAACAAUCAGUCACACGUGGUUUGUUUUUUGUUUGAAGCCCCUUGUGGUUUAGGAGAUACAAUUUAACUUGGUUUUUGCCUUUUUUAGUGAUUAAGUGUUAAGGGGGUGAUUUUCUUGCUUAAUUUUGAAAGUGGAUUUUAAUAAACUGUGGUUUUGUCAUCUGUAAUGGAGUCUGGGAGCUAUGUUCUUGGAGGGAAGGGUCAUGUAUCCAAUGAGCCAACAUCAUCUUCUGAUACGUUUUCAAGAAGCAAAAAUGUUUUGAUGAGUUGCGAUUUGAAAAAUCAAUGUAAUUUUGAAUAUAACUUCUUAGCCUCAGGUUCACAAGCUAUUGAGAAUGGAGCUCGAGGGGAACUAGGUUAUCAGCAAUUGAUAGAGAAACAUGCACCUGACACCUCAAUCAGGAAUGCCUUAAUAAGUGAGGUGUCUGGUAGAAAAAACAUCAAUCCCUUUGUGGUAACCCCAAAUUCAUUCUCCUUAGAAGAUGAGUCCACUUCCAGGCUUUCAAGCACUGCGAUGGACUCUGAUUGCAGGGUUUCUGCAUUCAUUGAUUUGAAUCUUGGGAGGUUUGGUGAUCCUAGAGAUGUACAGAAUUGCAGAAGAAUUCCCAAAAGCACAUCUAUCGUGUCCCCAUCUAAGUCAUCUGCACCUCCAAGAAGGCAUCGAGCAGGAAUGAAUUCCCAUACUGCCUAUUGCCAAGUUUAUGAUUGUAACAAGGAUCUCAGCUCCUCAAAAGAGUAUCACAAGAGACAUAAAGUAUGUGAAGUUCACUCCAGGACUGCCAAAGUCAUUGUCAAUGGAAUAGAACAGAGGUUCUGUCAGCAAUGCAGCAGGUUUCAUUUGCUCGCUGAAUUUGAUGAUGGUAAGCGCAGCUGUCGCAAACGCCUUGCAGGCCACAAUGAGCGAAGGAGAAAGCCUCAAGUUGGUCUUCAAUCUGGACGAACUGGAAGGCUACUUCACCCUUACAGUGGCUUUUCCAGCAGUAGGUUUCACGAAACUGUGUUACCAACAACAUCUUUUAUCUGCCAAGACAUACUCCAGAGUGGCCUAUCGCAUCCUGAUAAAUAUGGAGCAAAUGAUUGGUGCAAGCGUGUAAAAAUUGAAGAUGGGACUGGUUUUAGUCCACCAUCAGCAAUUCCCAUUACAAAUGCAUAUCUGCACUCAAAGCCCCUCUUCCCUUCUAAUAAUUCUGAGAAAAUGUUUCCAACUUUUCAUGAAGAUGGAGCUAGCACUGCAUCAGGAAGCAUUUUCAAUGAGAGCACUCAUAGAUAUCCAGAUGUUAUGGGAUGCAGAACUUCUAGUUCACAUUCGUUUCUCCAGGAUACGUCUUUGGGAAAUGAUGAAUUCGCUGCUUUUGAUGCAGCAUCAACCAUUCAAGAGUUAUCGGGGAUCACAGCUUCUGGCUGUGCUCGCUCUCUUCUGUCAUCUCAAUCACAAAAUUCUUCAAGCCAUUCAUCAGGAAUUCCUAUGGCCCAGCAGCUGCUAGUUUCAUGCAGAAAUACAUGUUACAGCAUGGAUCAAAUCAUAGGAGUUAGCUCACAGGUUUCUUCAAGUACUGGGGUACCAAAUAAGUUCCCUUCAUGGGUGACGAGUUCCGUCAAGGGGAGUCAUUUGGGUCCAAUGCCGAUACCUGAAAAUAGUCAUGUCGUCAACUUUGAUAUAACAGAUGGGGUAUACCAUGGAUUUAAUGCCAAAGAUCACUUUGGCAGUGAAGAUGACACGACUAUUGACUUGCUUCAACUGUCGUCACAGCUUCAGCGAGUGGAACAUCAAAAGCAAUCAAUGCAAGAGAAACAGGAAAUGAUCCUUUCAGCUGCCCCGGCAUCACUCAAAAAGGCCAGUAAAUUUCUUUGAUGAAUGGAAUAAAGACGGUCAAUCACCAUCAUGCCUCUUGAAAUAUUGUACGCUCUUGUCACCAGAAUGACAGUGCAACACUGAAACUGACAAUUAUAAUAGCUCAAGAGGCAAUAAAUUUCCCUACAAUUGACUUGUUUUCUUUUGAUUUGGAACUAUUGGACACGAUUAUCUUCUCUUGCAAACUCUCCUCCUCUUGAAUGAGAAUCUUCUCUUCUAUUCUCAA